AUGCCCAUGUGUUACGGCACGAAGGACGCCGACGUAGCGAAUUACAUGUUCAGCGCGCGGCUGUACUUUGAGUCGAAGAAUAUCCAGUACGGUGACCAAUCUUCACAGCAACGGCCUUUGGCAUUGCUGGUGGCCAAUCUCAAAGGCCCCGCUGCUGCGUGGUACCGUGAAGUUGCUGACGAGCGUAAAAACGUUGCCUGCCUUGAAGACUACGUUUCCAGCUUUCGCAACAUUAUCUGCAAAGUGGAGGACAUGUCAGACAUCGACAAGGUCAUGCACUUCCAGAAGGGGCUCUCGGUAGAGAUCCGUCAAGAAGUCAAGCUGCGCCAAUUCCGCAACACGACCGAUGCCAUCUCGUUUGCGCUGAUGUACGACCGCACCCACUCCGUCGCAUCCGUCGAAGAACCGACGCCGAUGGAGAUUGGCAGUUCAUGGUUUGUGUCACGUGAUGAGUGCAUGCGAAACAGCUUGUGUUUCUAUUGCAAGGAACCAGGUCAUCGUUUAUCCAGUUGCCCCAAGCGUCAAGGUCGCAAUGCCUCGCACGAGGGCGACGACGACAGCAGUGACGAGGUGGAAGUAAUGCAGAGCAUGCAGCUGAACAUGGUGGCUGCGCGGCUGAAUGAUUCGGUCUCAUCGUCCCAAGGACUGUUGCGGCUGGAUGGAGUGAUGAACGAACAGCCUGUACGGAUCCUUAUCGACAGCGGCGCCGAGCAGAACGUCGUGCGUCCCGGUCUUGCUCGACAUGUCGUCGAUGCCGCCAAGGUCACGGCGGAGCGCUUUGACGGCUCUACCACACCGACUCGUGUGGCGCAACGUUGUUUGGAGUCGCUGACCUUUGCGGGUCGUGCCUUCAGUGAUGUCCCUCUCAUUGAGUGGGAAGUAUAUUGA